GUUAGUCUGAGUCAGCUGUAACGUAACGUAACUCUAAAGUGGUGUCAAAGGGUCGAGUGAGAGCAAUUUUUGGUCGGUUAAAAUUUUCACAAUGAUUAACGUAGUUUCGAAGUCGGCAAAUUUGUCCCCUUAUCUAAAAGUAUCCAGCCAGGCUGUUGCAUCCAGUGCAAAACCUCUUGUGAAACCAACUAAACUGUCUUCUGCUAAACCUGUUUAUCCUACCCAUCCAGUUGCUCUAACCAACUAUGCCCUCACAAAAUUGUUACCUUCAAAUGACAUUAGAGUCAAAAAUGGCCCAACAGUGACCACACAAGUGAGGUUUGCUCACACUGACAUCCAGGUGCCCGACUUUACUUUCUACAGAAGGAGCGCCACCAAAGACCCUAAGUCCAAGAGGCUUGAAAAUGAUGACUCACGAAAAGCUUUUACCUACCUCAUUGUCGGAGGUGGUGCGGUCACAACAGCCUAUGCCGCCAAGUCUGUCGUCAGGCAGUUGGUGUCCACCAUGAGCGCUAGUGCCGAUGUUCUGGCUCUGGCCAAGAUUGAAGUUAAGCUUGGCAGUAUCCCUGAGGGAAAGAGUGUUACAUUUAAAUGGCGAGGAAAACCACUCUUUAUUAGGCACAGGACGCCUCAGGAGAUAUCAGUAGAGCGAGGUGUUCCGAUGAAUGAGCUACGUGACCCUCAGCACGACAACGAGCGAGUGCAGAAGCCUGAGUGGUUGGUUUUGAUUGGAGUAUGUACCCACCUCGGGUGUGUGCCUAUUGCCAAUGCGGGUGACUUUGGAGGGUACUACUGCCCAUGCCAUGGCUCCCACUACGAUGCAUCUGGAAGGAUCCGCAAGGGCCCAGCUCCCCUCAAUCUAGAGAUCCCUCCCUAUGAGUUCCAAACUGAGGAACUGUUAGUUGUUGGCUAAACUUGUAUUGUUUCAAUAAGAAAUAAACCAUUUAGUCAGACCAUUGUUACUUUACUCUAGAUAAAAUAAAUUUCUGUUUUAAUCAAA